AUGAGUUCGAUUCAAAGCUUCCUCGGAAAGGUGACGGGCCAGCCGUCGUCGUACUCCAAGAAACACAAUUAUACGUUUGGAAAAGUGCUGGGAGCAGGUACUUUCGGCGUUGUGCGGGUCGCAAGAAUAAGUGGGUCGAAAGACGAGGUGGCUGUCAAGAUUAUUCUCAAGAAAGCGUUGAAGGGUAAUGAAGAGAUGGUUCUUGAGGAGAUUAAGAUGCUGCAGAAACUGCAUCAUGCUCAUAUUGUUGAGUUCAAGGACUGGUUUGAAAGCAGAGACAAGUUCUAUAUUGUGACUCAGCUGGCUACUGGUGGUGAACUUUUUGACCGAAUCAUUGAUCGUGGCAGGUUCACUGAAGAAGACGCUUCAAAGUGUAUAAGAGACAUUGUCGACGCAGUAGCGUAUAUCCAUGGUCAAGACAUUGUCCAUCGGGAUCUCAAACCCGAGAAUUUGUUGUAUGUGACUAAAGAGAAAGACAGUGAUCUUGUUCUGGCUGAUUUCGGUAUUGCCAAGUUAGUGACUUCACCGGAUGAGAAACUGACAACCAUGGCCGGUUCGUUUGGAUACGCUGCUCCAGAGAUCUUUUUAGGAACUGGGCAUGGCAAACCGUGUGAUAUCUGGUCAUUGGGUGUUAUUUCGUAUACAGUAUUGUCGGGAUACUCACCGUUUCGAGCCGAGACGGUUGACGAGUUCCUGGAAGAAGUGGACGAGAACUACCAAGUGGUGUUCCAUACCCGAUACUGGAAACAUGUUUCUACCGCCGCCAAAGAACUGAUUUCAAGAAUGAUGCAAGUGAAUCCCGAUAAACGGCCCACUGCCGACGAACUGUUACGAGACCCCUGGAUCACCGGAGAGGCUGCCGAAGACACGCACGAUUUGUUACCCACGAUCCGCACCGGAUUCAAUGCCCGCACCAAAUUCCGACUGGCAAUCGAGGCCGUCAAACUGGCCAACCGAAUCAAAGCUCUCGAAAUGGGCGACGAGGGCAAAGAAGAAGAAGCAGACCCCGACAGCCGCGAGGGUCCCUUACAAUACUUCCACCACUCGGCCACCACGGGCUCGACCUCUUCGUCCUCCUCAUCCACCACCCAAACAAGCACACACCCGGGCACAUCUACCAAAAACGCCGGAGCCAAACUCCACGAAAUUGUGCUCGCGGCCCAACGGGCCAAAGAAAUCCAGCAGCAGGAUCAGCAGCCUGCCUCUUCCACCGGCGAAAACAAGCCUGUCUAA